AUGGGGAACUGCCAGGCGGCGGACGCGGCGGCCGUGGUGAUCCAGCACCCGGGCGACGGCAAGGUCGAGCGCCUUCACUGGCCGACCACCGCGGCGGACGUUAUGCGCAGGAACCCGGGCCACUACGUUGCCCUCGUCGUUCUGCAUCACGUCGACGCCGAGCCCGAGCCCGCCGUCGCCGGAGAAAGAGGAGGUGCCAGGAUAACCAAGAUCAAGCUCCUCAAGCCAAAGGACACGCUCCUCCUCGGCCAGGUCUACCGCCUCAUCACCUCCCAAGAGGUGACCAAGGCCGUGCAGACGAGGAAGCAGGAGAGGAUGCGUGGCUGCGACGAGGCCAUCGAGCGGGAGCAGCCGCGGUUGCACCGGCGACGGCAACUGCCGAGGCCGAGGGGCGACGACGCAACCACGGCCGCCAGAGGCGAACAGAGGCAGCCCCCCUAUCAUAAGGAACGGAAGCGGCUGGAGACGGACCGGCAACACCGGAGCAUCACAACCGCCCGCGGCAGAGGCCGGCACUGGCGACCGGCGUUGCAGAGCAUUACAGAGUCAUCGUGGAGCGGACACACAGACUGCGAGGAUACAUGUAAAGAGACUCUACAGUCUACAUGUAAAUGAGCUAGAGUAGAAAAGUAGAAGAAGGUUUUGGGGGAGCAGUGUAGAAAUGUAUACAUACAUUAGGCGAUCUGAAUGUAUCCAUCGGCUUCAGUCCAGUUUGAAUCCGUUUUGAUGAUACAGUAGCACGCAUUACCCCACUUUUUUUUUGGUGAAAAUUACCCGUUCCUCUCUCGAGGAUCUAGCGUUUUAUCCGAGCCACACGUGUAAUUCCCGAGGAGUGAUGUGUACUC